AUCUCAUCGAGUCUAUUCGAAAAGUUAUAGCCCAUACCUUACUAUAUUAGGUUAAACUUUGGGCUGUUGGGCCGGGGGAACUUUGGGAUUGUCUGUAGACUCUGUUCAACAUGAUUCCGGUUCUUGAGACUUGCGUUACCGCACCGGGCCAAAAUGUUUAUGCCAGCGCCUAUCUCGUCUAUCUCAAUACGGCUCUUCGGCUUAUUGCCGUGUACGCAAUACGUAAUGUAGAUCCAACCGUCAACGCCAUAACUUAAUAUCGUGUCAUUUACUAUUUUAUCUCGGCCAGUUGCCCAAUCUUGUGCAGCUCCAGCAUCUCACCUCAUGGCGUCUCGAAUUCCACCCCUCCUAGACACCUAUCUACACCUACCACCUGAGACAUCCCUCGUCCUUCUUAGUGGGGUUCUGGGGUCAAGUACGAACUGGCUGGUUCUCCGCUAUCUUUACUGUCUACUUUCGACCCCAUCCAACUCGAUAGCAAGAGAAGAAAAUAAAGAGGAUGCCGAUUCGUCUAGCAUAGAGCAUACUAGUAUAGUUUUUGUCAGCUUUCUACGCGACUACACUUUCUGGAAGGAGGGUGCCGGAAAACUUGGUCUUGAUCUUGAUGCAUUAACCAGGAAGGGCAAAUUCUUCUUCGUCGACGGUCUCUCUAGCUUGUACUGCGCAUCACCUAUCCGCUCCCAGGGACAUCCUCAAGAUGAUGUCACCGGGAGGAAGGCCUUGUCUGCUGCCUCACUACAGUAUUUGCGCAAAGAACUCGAAGACAUCGUAGCGCAAGUUCAGCGCUCUGCUUCUAAGCAAAGAACUGUCUUGAUUGCUGACCAGUUGGACCUGCUGCUGGCUGCCUCUGGGGACGAUAUUUCGAGCCGAGCACUACGGGAUACCCUGCUUAGCAUUCGCGAGAAAGUACAUUCAUCCAUCAUCACCCUAUCUGCAGAUGAACCAUUAAUGUCAUUACAAACGACAUCAUUAGAAAAGGAGCACGCUGCAUUCGCUAUAACCUUAGCCCAUGAUGCCAACCUUGUGAUCAGUCUAAGGAUGCUGGAUACGGGAACUGCUAGAGACGUAAGUGGUGUCAUAAGAGUCACCCCAAGCAGCGGGUACAAUGGGAUAGAUGGGUCGACCGAGGAACGGGAAUUGCUAUACCUCGUAGCGAGCGAUGGUGGGGUCAAAGUAUUCGAACGGGGUCAAUAGCUAUCUUGCCAAUGAUGCAUUUCCAAGAAAGCAUAAAGUCAGCCCAAGCAUAGGUUUAAUCAGUCCAAGAUAGCUUCAUGCGAUUAGGUCUCGGAGCCUACUCCUAAGCUCAAACUAGAGCCUACCAUCAAACCCAUCUUCUCUAAACCGAUAGGCAUCCUAACGGCCCACGGACGUCGAGUAGUUACUUGCGAUGUAACAAUUAGAGAGCCUCGUCAAACAUGUGAGAUCAUGAUGCCAUUUUGUUCGGAAAUGCUAGCAUUACAUUUCCGCCGAACUCAGAAUAUGUACGAGUUCGCCAUGAGCCAGCCCAAAUGUCAGAAACACCGUUCCCUUGCCAUGCCAGUGCCCUCAUCUACCACUUCUCCCGAUGAACAUCCUAUUUCGCAACUGGACCUCGCGCGUCCUUGGGUACGCCGGUUCGGAAUCCGUUCUUAAAUCUGCGAGAGACAUCCUUGAGGUAGCGCAUGCGGCCAGUGCCGACGGUCUUUCUGCGCUUGGCUUUCUCGCUCCAGUUGU